UUUUGUCUAAUAUUCGGCCAACAAUCAACUUUCUCCAAUUCCUCUACCAUCACCAUUUCACGCCCUCAGUCAAAUCCUUCAUUGACAAUCCAUUCCUCAAGAUGAACCCCGGAGGCCCCCCAUUACUCGCUACGCAGCUUUCGCCUGAAGUCUCUCCUCUCUACCCACAAUCAGUGAUGCACAAUAAUAGGAUACUUUCUUCGAUAAAUACUCUAUCUGCCUGUUUCUCGGGACUGAUCGCUGGAAUCUUGGGCCUGACAAAUACUUCAGGGUUCCUUCUGUACCUGCUUUCUUCUGUAGCCACCGCUGCCGCCAUAGGGUCAUUGAAAUGUGGGUUCGACAUCAGACGCUAUGUGCCGGACGCCCAAAUACAAAGGAAGAAACAACCAGUAAACAGAAGCAACGGAGUGAAAGAGAGCAGAAAAUAUUCUUGGAGGGGUUGGUGGGCACUCAUGGGUUUGGGACAAGAAAACCUCCUGGGCUUUUUGUUGUUCUGGAUCGGAAGUUAUGCGUUGAUACAUGUGUAUGACUGAAGGACUGCACGAUGCAUGGAUAGGAGUACAUAUAGCGGCACUUUAUGUUCUGUUGUACACGAUGCUUUACCAUAUAAGAAUGACUGUAUUUGUGGUUCUUCUCCG